UUCCUCACAGACUUAUGUCUAUACAUUCAUCACAUCAUGCACUGGUUGCUCAAAUAUUUAGUCUCAAUCAUUUUUAUAUUUUAUAAACUGAAACGUAUAUAUCUUUUUUAUUUGUGUAUGAAGCACAUGCACACUAACCUACAGGAAAAGCUCUGCUACUUUGUUGUAAAAGUGUGAUCACCUUUUGUUGAGCUUGGAUGUACAGUAUUAUCGUCCAUAUUGACAUUGCUAUUUUUUUUUCACUAUGCCUCCCCUGACUGCACGUCACUGAUGUGUCAUGUAAUGUGGAGAAGUGGAGUUAUUUAUUUCAAUCCAACUCAGAACUUAGUCAGACAAUAUUGCAGACAAACGCAGAACCCAUUUACAUAUCAAUGAGAAAAACCUCCUUAUUUCUUAAUGUAUGAGACAAGUAAGUUGACAUAAAUAGUUUGUUGGUAAUUAGUGAACUCAUUAGCAUUGUAGUAAUUUAUAAUUUAUAGGUAAUGAAUAUGAAUUCAUUGCAAGACAUUUAAACAAAACUAUUGCACACGUUUGGGUGCACCAACCUCUAUGUAAGUACAGUGUUAUGAAUUUGUGUAAAGGCUGUGUGAUAACGAGCGAUACAGCUCAUCAAUGUGGCUGAUCAGUAUCCUGGGGGUGCUUAGUAGGUCGAUAUCGAAGUAGGACACGGCAUCCGGUGAUGGGUGCAUAAAUGUGCGGGACUCGUACCCUCUGCUUCCUCUUUCCUAACGGAGCGGCCUUAAAGCAGAAGCAACUAGACACUCUGUGGUUGACCUUCUCUGCCAUUGGUGAAACCCUGCAUGAGAAACAUUGUGGUUCUUCACAGACGACUUCACUGUAGCCCCCACUUGCAAUGGAGGACAGUGACCAUGAGGUUCAGUCUUCAUCGGAUGAGCGAGACUCCUGUCCUGUCUCCCCAUAUCCUAGUGGAGGUCAUGAUGCUGACCAGCAAUCAAGCCACUCCGAUGACUUUGAGGUGGAGAACAUUAUGCAAGACCCCUGCCAUCAUGUAGGACAUGACCACCUUGACCUUGACUGUGACCACAGUCCACAGCAGCUGCAUCAUGGCCACGAGGCCCAUGAUGCAGAAUUGGAAGCUGCGGGCCAAGACCGCCCCCACACACCAUCAUAUUUACGUCCCCCUGAGGCUGAGCCAGAGUCGGGUUAUGAGGCCAGUGUGCCGCUGAGCAAAAGUGUGGAGUUUGACUUACCCUCCCCGGUCAGUCCCUGCAGGCCCAAAAGUCCAUGGGCACGUUUUGACCCUUACAGCAAUAAUGAGGAUCAUGACAAGGAAUAUGUAGGUUUUGCCACGCUGCCAAACCAGGUGCAUCGCAAAUCAGUCAAGAAAGGAUUUGACUUCACACUAAUGGUGGCAGGAGAGUCUGGCCUUGGAAAAUCCACCCUGGUCAACAGUCUGUUCCUCACAGAUCUUUACAAAGAUAGGAAGCUGCUCAAUGCUGAAGAGCGAAUCAUGCAAACCGUAGAAAUCACCAAGCACACUGUGGAUAUAGAAGAAAAAGGAGUCAAGCUAAAGCUGACCAUCGUGGACACUCCAGGGUUUGGGGAUGCUGUCAACAACACAGAAUGCUGGAAGCCAGUAGCCGACUACAUCGACCAGCAGUUCGAGCAAUACUUCAGGGACGAGAGCGGCCUGAACCGCAAAAACAUCCAGGACAACCGCGUGCACUGCUGCCUCUACUUCAUCUCCCCCUUCGGGCACGGUCUCAGGCCACUCGAUGUGGAAUUCAUGAAGGCCCUGCACGAGAAGGUCAACAUCGUCCCGGUGUUGGCCAAAGCAGACACACUCACUCCCAGUGAGGUCAAGAAGAAGAAAAUAAAGAUCAGAGAAGAGAUUGAUCAGUAUGGCAUCAAAAUAUACCAGUUUCCUGACUGUGACUCGGAUGAGGAUGAUGACUUUAAGCAGCAGGAUCACGAGCUGAAGGAAAGCAUUCCAUUUGCCGUCAUUGGCAGCAACACGGUAGUGGAAGCCAAAGGGAAGAGGGUACGAGGGCGUCUCUACCCGUGGGGGAUCGUAGAAGUUGAAAACUCUGCACACUGUGACUUUGUGAAGUUGAGGAACAUGCUGGUACGCACCCACAUGCAGGACCUGAAGGACGUGACCCGGGAGACCCACUACGAGAACUACAGGGCCCAGUGCAUCCAGAGCAUGACCCGCAUGGUUGUGAAGGAGCGCAACCGCAAUAAGCUAACCAGAGAGAGCGGCACCGACUUCCCCAUCCCCGGCAUGGGCGACGUCACGGACAGCGAGACGGAAAAGCUGAUCCGCGAGAAAGAUGAGGAGGUACAGCACACCGACCACCAAAAGGAAUUGCAUCACCACCAUCACCACGAGCACCAUGAGUCUGAAUAUGCUUUUGAGCAUCACGGACACUUUGAACCUCAACCCAACCCUGAGCCACGCUUGCAUCUGGAAGACGAGGCCCUUUAAGUGCCGUUAGCAUCACAUGUUUAGCCACAAGCACUCGUAUACUCAUUUCUAUCCUACUCCUACUCUACAUGCACGUAUUCUCAAUAUUUAUUUAUCUAUUUAUUUAUUUAUUUAUUUAUUCUUCUUUUUCUCUGUCUAUUGUCUUGGUGGUCAUCUUGUCACUGCUCAUUCUCACUAAAUGUGUUCCUAUUGGUCGUAUUGUCGUUUUCUCACUAUCUUGUUGUCACUGGUCAUUUUCCUCACUGGUGGUCUUCUCACUGGGCUAUUUUAAGUUUUUAACCAUUUAACACUCCACCAGCAAUACUCAUCUACAAAAGCAAUAGUUAGAAUUCUGUGAAUGUUGAUAGCAUUGAUAGCCUCUGGCCUAUUUAACAUUAUGAAUCAAUGGGAGCUGAAUAUUUGCUGUGUCAGCAAAGUUAAAGUCAGCAAUUGUUGGCAUAGCAUGGAAACAUCAAUUUUUUUUUAGUAUAUUAAUUAUUUACGAUUUAAAUUAAUACUCCCACAAUGUGAGUGGAAUAAGUGGGCCCUCAUUAAUGAAUCGUCCUUGACCAUUUUUUCACUACACAAAAUUCUUACAUGCAUUUACAGUAACUUUGUGCUCCCGCUUUUUUCGCCAGUUUGCUAUGUUUCUUAAGAUACUGCUGAAGUGUCUAAUAAAGUCACUUUUAUUACGUUUAUUGCUUAGUUAAUGUGUUACAUUACUAAGUCACGUUUGUCCUAAUUUACAUAAAUUAACGUGCUCUGAUGCCUUAUAAGGACAUGGCAGUCGAGUGCCUUGUGCACAUAAUACAUUGUAUUUAAUGCUGGCCAGUCAACCCCCAUCUUGUCAUAUUUUUAGUUUUGUUUUUAACUUUGAUUUUUAAUAUUUUCACUAUUCUCACCACCCUAACAUGCCAUUUCCUUAUAUGGUAAACAGGGGCGUAACCUAUGCUAAUAAGCAGCCGCUGGCAUAGUGUCGAGUUGCGCGCAGGUGCCAUCAAUCAAUCAAUAAAUCUAUCAGGCAGAGUUUACGUCUGAAUGCAAAUUAGAUGAUUUUAAAAAACAUUCUCAUGAAUUUAUUGGUGAGUCGGGUCUAUUUAUCCAAACAAAGAGCACCGGCUUUUGAUAUUUAAAAUAGUUCCGUUUAUAUAGUCCAGAGUUGACAUGUUAGCGAGUUAGCUUUUUCCGCCAUUAUUUGUCCGCGAGGUGACUAGCUAACACUGACCACUUGUUGGACAUAACGUUGUCCACUUCCACAUUUUUAAAUGUGAUAGCUACAUUGUUAAACUGUCUCUAAUAGGUAUUUAGUGUCACCCAAUAGCUACAUUGUUAAACUGUCUCUAAUAGGUAUUUAGUGUGACCCACAUUCACAAAAGAGCUCUCAGUAGGAAAUGGUGUAACGCUAGCCCACUACAAACUACCGUAGUAUACUAAUAUGCUACAUCGGUAAUCAGUCAGCAGUACUGUAUAGUCUUUAAAAUAUUGGGUUCUUCUAUUGGGAAUACCAAUGUUGUGACCAGUGAUUAUUAUUUGCUAUUUAUUUAGGAAAUGCCCUUUUAUCGCCACAUUAAUCACAUUUAUUCCAUCAAAUAAUGACAAUUGUUACUUUGAAUAACCAAUCCAGUAUAUAGUGUCAACACACAUCCUAUGUGGUUGUUUAGCUGAUAUGAUGAGCUGGAGAAACAAUAAUAGUGCUUAUUUUCCAAUAUCAGUGUAGGUCACAUGAUGUAGUGAUUGAUCUUUGCUGUGACCCUGAGUGAAGCAUGUC